AUAGAGCCCAAAUAGACAAAUCGCUAGUCCUGUUACGUCACCGGCGCAAGCAUCCACCUGCCCCACCCCCGAAAUGUUAAAGUCCGCGAACCUGCGCGUGCUGGUGAGGCGCAGUUUGUUUAGUUUGUCACUACUGGUUCGGCGUUGUAGUGGACAGUCGCGGAAGAUGGAUCUGAGCUGCAUGAGGAAAACCUACAAGGCAGACGAAGAGGCAUUUGAAGAGAAUCAUUUGGUAUCUUUGGAUCCAAUUCAGCAGUUUGCCAAGUGGUUUGAGGAGGCAUCACAUUGUCCUGCUGUGGGAGAAGCAAAUGCCAUGUGUUUGGCAACCUGUACUAAGGAGGGUAGGCCAUCUGCACGAAUGCUGCUUCUAAAGGGCUUUGGUCGAGAUGGGUUCAGAUUCUUCACAAACUAUGACAGCCGGAAGGGAAAGGAGCUGGACAGCAAUCCCUAUGCCACACUGGUAUUCUACUGGGAACCUUUAAACAGACAGGUACGUAUUGAGGGAAUGGUGCGUCGGCUCCCACGUGAUGUGGCUGAGGAGUACUUCCACUCCCGACCCAAAAACAGUCAGAUUGGAGCUCUGGUGAGCCAGCAGAGCACCGUGAUUCCCAACAGAGAGUUUUUAAGGCAGAGAAAUGUCGAACUAUGCGAAAAGUACAAAGACAUUGAGGUACCCCUGCCAGAUUACUGGGGUGGGUACAUUCUGAAGCCCGAUAUUAUAGAGUUUUGGCAAGGCCAGACCAAUCGGCUGCAUGACCGACUCGUCUUCAGGAAGAAGACAUGCAGUACCUUGACAGAGACCGAAUGUGUUCAAGUCGAAGAUGGCUGGGUCCUUCAGAGGCUCGCUCCGUGAAGUAGCACUGAUGUCAUUUCAUUCAACUGUCUCCUCUCAUUUCUCACCUUCUCCUGAAGAACAGAAGCUGCUGCUCGCCGGUCCAAGCAAGCCAAUGUUUUUGAUUGUCCAUUUUAUAUCAUGUUAAGUUAAUUAACUUGUCAAAGUCUGUCAGUGUUGAAAUUGUAAAUUGUAUGUUGUACAUAUUUUAGUCAUUUUUAGAUGCACUGCCUCAAGCCAACUGGAGGCAUUAUGGAGCCCAGCUUUCGCUGUAUCAUCUAGGCUUCUGAUUUUAGAUGUUUUACCAGAAUUCACCACACUCCAUAUGCUUUGGAGAUUUGUGCCAUGUUUUUUAUUGUUUAUGCGUAUCUUUUGACUGUUUUGUCGUUGUUAAUGUUGGUGCUAAGGUAUAGGUGUAAUAAAACCAUUUUAAGGAAA